AUGGCAACUACCGAUGUAGCCGCACGAAAUGUUCCCCCAGUCGACGAUUUGGAUGACAGCUUAUUCGACUACGACGUUGGUGAUGUAUUUCGCGAUGUCGACACUAACAUGGAUGUGCCUGCCGCAAGAGCAGACGAAAAGGAGAAUGGCGCAGGUCUGGGCAUCGACGAAGAGAUCAAAGUGACCAAAAAGAGGGCUCCUGUACCGAAAUUGGACGAAAAUAGGUUCGCGCCUAAAAGGGCUGCAACGGUGGACCGAUCGCUCAAUGGUUCACAGGCUCCUGUCACCUGCUGGUAUCCCAAAGCUACGGAGAAUUGCGAAAGAGCGGUUGAAGUUCAAAGGGAAAGGGCACGAAUACUCUGA